AUGGAGACAGAUGAACAGCUGUACCCCAUUGCUAUUCUUAUUGAUGAGCUCAAGUCUGACGAUGUGACGCUCCGUCUGAAUUCGAUCCAUCGCAUCUCGACCAUCGCGCUUGCGCUUGGCCCUGAGCGAUCGCGAAAAGAACUCAUCCCGUUUUUGCACGAAUCACUGGAUGACGAGGACGAAGUGCUUUUAGCGCUUGCUGAAGAGCUCGACUCGUCCUUUGUCGAGUACAUUGGCGGUGCACAAUACGCACAGCUGCUCCUCGGCCCGCUCGAAAAUUUGGCCACCGUCGAGGAGACGGUCGUGCGCGAAAAAGCGUGCGAGUCGAUGAACAAGAUUGGUGAGAUUAUGAACGAGAAACAGGUCCAGGAAUUUUAUCUCCCACUGCUCAAGCGGCUUGCGAACGGCGACUGGUUUACCUCGAGGUCCAGCGCCGCCGCAUUGUUUGCGUCUGUCUACCCUAAAGUGUCCACAUCGAUGCGUGCAGAGGUGAACAACCUGUUUGCGGAGUUGUGUCAAGACGAUACGCCCAUGGUGCGGCGUUCAUGUGCGCGUGAUAUGAGCGGUCUCACAAAACAAAUGUCCAAGGAGGUGGUCGCCAACGACAUCCUUCCUCUUUACCGCCGGCUUUCUUCUGACGAGCAGGACUCGGUGCGCCUGCUGACUGUGCAAGACCUGGUCACAAUCGCGGAGAUAUUUGGCAGUGUGGAGACGCAGCAGCUCUUGCUUCCUUCGAUCCGUAGCGCGUUCCAGGAUAAGAGCUGGCGUGUGCGGUACAUGGCCGCAGACAACUUUGUCAAAUUGGCUGCCACUGUGCCGGAGGGUGUGCUGCAAGAAGACUUUGUGCCUGGGUAUAUUAAUCUCAUGCGCGAUGCCGAAGCAGAAGUGCGCACUGCCGCUGCGGCGCAGACCCCUGGCUUUAGCAACUUGCUGGAUCAGGCGACAAUCUUGGAGCGCAUUCUACCGGUUGUGAAGGAGCUGACUGACGAUCCCUCGCAGCAUGUGCGUGGCGCGCUUGCUGCGCAGAUCAGUGCACUUGCACCGUUGCUCGGGAAAGAGGCCACUAAAGAGCACUUGCUACCUCUUUUUCUACAGCUGCUCAAGGACGAGUACCCCGAUGUGCGACUGAAUAUCAUUUCGCGCUUGGAGCAGGUCAAUGCAGUGAUUGGAAUCGAUCUCCUCUCGCAGUCGCUCCUGCCGGCAAUUAUGGAGUUGGCCGAGGACAAGCAGUGGCGUGUGCGUCAGGCGAUGAUUGAAAACAUUCCGUUGCUUGCGCAUCAGCUUGGCGUGCAAUUCUUCGACGAGCAACUCAGCAACCUGUGCAUGAGCUGGCUCGGGGACACGGUGUUCAGUAUUCGGGAAGCAGCCACGGUGAAUCUUAAGAAGCUCACCGAAGUAUUCGGCGUGGAAUGGGCGCUUCAGUCAAUCAUCCCGAAAGUGUUGCAGAUGGGCAGUCAUCCAAACUACUUGUACCGCAUGACGACCAUCUUUGCAGUGACAACCAUGUCGCCUUCCUUGGAUACAGAUACAAUUAUGAACAGCGUCAUGUCUACAUUGUUGCCCAUGGUGCAAGACCCAAUCCCCAAUAUCCGUUUCAAUGUUGCCAAAGCAUUUGAGACGCUUUCUCAGGAGCUAGCGUCUUCGCCCGAAGGUGUGCGCAAUGUCCAAGAAAAGAUUAAGCCUGCGCUCCAGGUGCUGAGUGAAGAUCGGGAUGCCGACGUGCGAUUCUACGCGCAGCGUGCUUUGCAGACGGCUUCCAUGGUAUAG